AUGUUUAGCUUAUUUAUGAUACUUUGCUUUGCCUCAUUUCAUCCAGCCAUCGGUCAGAUGAAUGAAGAUUACUACGAGGUUGUGGGUAUAACAUGUCAAGCAAAUGAAGAGGUCAGUUGCCUAAGGAUCAAGUGCUCCAUGACCAAUACUAAUGACUAUGACUAUUGUCCGGCCGCAAGAUAUUGCUAUAAUCCCGAGUGUGUUUGUCGUCGAGGCUAUCGACGUGGCAGCAACGGUUUGUGUGUACCCAAAAAACAAUAAAUGGGAAUGCUUUUCUAUGCAACGGAAACGGAACAAGAA